AUGCGUGCCAGAAAGGAACAGAAAAAACCCGCCGACCUGCUGGCUCUUGCCGAAGACAGCGGCGAGGAGGGCCAUGUGAGCGACAGCGACGCCGACGAGCGCUCAAAAAAACUUACGCAGCACCGCGCGAAACGGAGGAAGGUCCAACGCACCGACAACGACGAGAGCGACGAUUCUGAGGACGACGAUGACGACGAUGAGGAGGACGACGAGGACGACGACGGCGCAGAAGGCGAAGAAGAAGAAGAGGCCGAAGGAGAGUCCUCGAAGCUUAUCACGCACCCGUCGGCAUUGAAGCCCCUCACGCCUGCGCAACUUGCGCUGUCCAAAGAAGCGACGCACAAGACGGGCGUAGUGUACCUCUCGCGGAUCCCGCCGUUCAUGAAGCCACAGAAGGUGCGGGACCUUUUGAGCCGGUUCGGCGCGAUCAACCGGGUUUUCCUGGCGCCGGAAGAUCCAAAGGCACAUGCGAAGCGGGUCAAAUUCGGUGGGAACAAGAAGAGGAACUUUGUCGAGGGCUGGAUCGAGUUUGUGGAUAAGAAGGAGGCAAAGCUGUGUGCCGAGACGUUGAAUACACAGAAUAUCGGAGGGAAGAAGGGAAGCUACUACUACGAUGACGUGUGGAAUAUCAAGUAUCUCAGGAAGUUCAAGUGGCAUCAUUUGCAGGCGCAGAUUGCGUAUGAGAAUGCUUCGAGACAGGCAAAGCUCAGGGCCGAGAUUGCGCACGAGACGAGGGUCAACAAGACAUAUCUGCGCAACGUCGAGAGAGCAAAGAUGGUGGAGACCAUGCAGGAAGCGAAGAAGAACAAGCGGAAAGCGGAACAAGGCGGUGCUGGUGGAGAGAGUGCGGAGCCCACAAAGGUUGAGGUGCGAAGACAAUUCCGACAGCACAAGGUCAAGGGCCGGGCGAUGGAGAAGACAGAAGGCAGGGACCAGAGCGACAAGGUCAAGAGCCUGCUCAGCAAGGUGUUUUAAUAGAUCAACAGAAGGGAGCUGUUGGGCGUUUUGCGGGAAUCUUUGGUCUUGUCUCAGUGCGCAACUCAUACCUGCGCUACA